AUGUCAUCAUCUCCACUCACUAUCUGCACUCACUCUGGCUCGUUCCAUGCAGACGAAGCACUAGCCUGUUUCAUGUUGAAACAGACUAACAAGUAUAAGGAUGCACAGAUCAUUAGAAGUCGUGAUGCGGCUGUUGUUGACAAGGCAGAUGUAGCUGUCGAUGUUGGAGCUGUUUACGAUCUCAACAGGAACAGAUUCGAUCAUCAUCAAGCUGGCUUCACAGAGACAUUCGAUGAGCAGCAUGAGACAAAGCUGAGCAGUGCUGGUCUCGUAUACAAACACUUUGGCAAAGAGAUCAUCAAGUCAAGAUUGAGUCUGAACGACGAGUGCACAUCGAUCAUCUUUAACAAGGUCUAUAAUGAGUUCAUUGAGGAGUUGGACGGCGUUGACAAUGGUAUUGAGCGCUACCCAAUCGAUAUUAAGCCAAAGUAUAGAGUCACCUCCACUAUUGGUCAGCGCGUAUCAACACUCAAUCCAAACUGGAAUGAGCCACAGACUGACGAGCUGUUGGGACAACGCUUUGAGAAGGCCAUGCAGUUGAUGGGCGAGACAUUCUUGGACAAGGUGGACUACUUUGGCAACAGCUGGCUGCCUGCACGCUCAAUUGUCGAGCGAGCUCUGCUGACACGUCGCGAGGUGCACCCAUCGGGUCAGAUCAUUGUGUUGGAUCAGGUCUGUCCAUGGAAGGAUCAUCUGUACGAGUUGGAGGCUGUUCACGACGUCAAGGAGAAGCCAGUGCUGUUCUGUUUGUUCCAGGACAACCUUGGAAGCUGGCGCGUGCAGGCCGUCAAUCUCGAUGGCUCAUUUGCUCUGCGCAAGGCACUCCCUGAGGCCUGGAGAGGUCGUCGUGACAAGGAGCUCAGUGAGCUCGUUGGAAUCGAGGGUUGUAUAUUCACUCAUGCAAAUGGAUUCAUUGGAGGACAUGCCAACAAAGAUGGAGCAUUGGUGAUGGCCAUCAAGGGACUUGAGUCAUAA